UUGGUUACAAUGCGAGGUCACGUCAAGCGCAUGGUAUCUGUAUGUAUACAAUCCCAGGAACAUAACAGUAAACGAACGACACUGGAAAUUCUAUGAAACGCGAAAUUCAGAGCAGCAAGAAUGAUGUCAACUGGAUUGAGCGGAGAAGAACACUUUGAUUUCUGCACGAGACCAAAACGCCAACGCCUGGACGGCUCCAAGCAUUAUGAUGUGAAUGGCAGCGGCCCGAAGUGCCUGGAGUUGGAAGGAGUUAUCUCAGUACUGAAGGAAUACGACGAUUAUGACGGCGGGAUCAACUGCAGUAUGUGCGGGAAGCUGUACAAGAGCAAGGUGUGCUUCAUCAAACACAUCUGGGAGCACAGCAUCUACUGGGAUGUGUUUGCAGACCGAAAAAAUCAUGAAAGGGUUCUGUCCAUUCAAGCAGCUCUGAUCUUGUAUAGCGGUUACCAUGGCGUUGCCAUGGACGACGACAACAUGCUAACACAUCUCCUUGUCACUUCACCUGGAAACCAUGGCAACCAAGGAACAGGGGAAAAGAAAUCCACUCCUGAGUCCCAGAUUCUUGAAAAUGGAAUCACAGCCGAAAGGAAAAUUUUGGCUCAACACCGGAAUAAAGUAAAGGCUUCUCGAUUCUCGGAAUCAUCUCCCUUGAAGAGAAAACGUGAAGACUGAUCGCCUUGCUUGAACUGUAAAUAAACUGACUGUGAUUGGACAAUUAUGCCGUGCUUGACUGAAUGAAGAUGGAUGUUUGCCAAAUAAGGAAGUGGUGUACUGAAAUGUGGCCACAAGUUUACUGUACAUUGAUAAUUUUUAAGACAAUAAGUUGGUUAGUUAUUGCUUGUUGUAAAUGGAUUUAGAACACUGACAGUCGACUAAGGCUUUUAGUCUUUAUGCAAAAAUGGUGUUGCUAGAUGAUUGAAUUUGAAGGUUAUCUGUCAAUUUGGUAGUGUAAUGUGAUUUAUGACAGCAAGUCUUGGAAAAUCUUAUUUCAGAAGAAAAGAAUACCAUAGUGCUCUGUGUAUGCACAAAAAAAAACACCUUUAACUCAUCACCACUAAGCACGUUUGUGGGCUUUUUGAUACAACCCUGUUUCUAAUGUACGGUAGAUAGGCUUUUGAUACAAAUGUAUUUUGAACCAUUUUAAACUACUUUGAAGAACCAUUUGGAUACAACUGCCUACAUGAAGUUAUCUUUUACCUACCUUUUAUUCAUGUACAUAGAUAAUCUUUCUUCUUGAUACAAUCACUUGUACUUUUAUUAGAAUUUUUAAUGAACAUCAUUUUUGUCAGCAUCACCUCAGCAUGCUCAGUGGAAUAUUCUUGAAUCUCAUACUGUCACUUUGUUUAAAAAAAAAGGAAACGAGUUACACACACACUAUGCCUUAAUUUUCUUUUGCAAGAAACUUUCUGAAUCUAUGAAAUUUAAUUUGUGUUUUUUAAAAUUGUUUUUCUGCACCAAAUUUAAUUUGUUUUCAAAGCAGAUAUUCACAAAUAUCUUGUACACUGUUUAUCAUUGUUUUUUAGUAGAAACUUGUUGAGUAGUGUAUAUUUUGUACAUAUAAAGACGUUUAGACUAGGUCUUUCAUUGGUUGCCAUGGUUAUGUUUUGUUGCUAAAUGAUGAUGUGAUAUUUGUUGGUUGUUUUGUUAAAUGAUUUUAAAAUGAACACUUAUAUACAAUCUUUGUCUGCAAAUGGCAAUUUAAGUGCUGAUGUAGUUAAGAAGAUAAGAAUUUAAUGUCUAAAUAAACAAGCCCUUUGAUUUUGGUUGUCUACAUAAACAAGCCCAUUUGAUUUAGGUUUUAAAUCUUGUUUUUAAUUUACGCAUUAUUUUAAUGACUCUGAAAAACCUUGAAUGUUUGUGGUAAUGGUGACUUUCGUUUUAGAUCAAAACAAAUAAAGGUACAUAUUUUUAUAUGAAAUUAAGGAAAUCUUGCAAUAAGAAUCUUUGCAAAUGAAGAUUUUGAUAACAUUAUAGAUUAUUUUGAGGAAUGGUUCUGCUGCCAUACCUAGAAAUAUGGUAAAAGUCUCCUUCUUAGAGAUGCCAUGGUCCAAAGGAAGAAUUUUUUAUAGUGCCAUUUCAUACCUAGAAAUAUGGUAACAGUCUCCUUCUUUGAGAUGCCAUGGUCCAAAUGAAGAACUUUUCAUAUUGCCAUUACAUACCUAGAAAUAUGGUAACAGUCUCCUUCUUUGAGAUGCCGUAUGGUCCAAAUGAAGAAUUUUUUUAUAGUGCCAUUACAUACCUAGAAAUAUGGUAACAGUCUCCUUCUUUGAGACGCCAUGGUCCAAAUGAAGAAUUUUUUAUAGUGCCAUUACAUACCUAGAAAUAUGGUAACAGUCUCCUUCUUUGAGAUGCCAUGGUCCAAAUGAAGAAUUUUUCAUAGUGCCAUUACAUACCUAGAAAUAUAGUAACGGUCUCCUUCUUUGAGAUGCCAUGGUCCAAAUGAAGAAUUUUUUAUAGUGCCAUUACAAUUCAAAUAUACAUAUUUUAUCUGAAUGUGAUAUGUGAUAAUGAGAAACAACAUGUAUUGGUUUUUAGUAUUUAGUCAUUUAUAUAUGCAGCUUUAUGAGACCCAAACCCACAAAAUAUUGUUUCUGCCAAUCACUGCCAUUUUUACUUUGUCUUGGUUGUUGUCAUAUUCCAAAUAUCAGAAAUUAUUUUGUUUUAUUGAAAGUGUGUUGCAAUGGAAAAUGUUUUGAUAUCAUUAAAGUUACAAAACUUGAAGACAACAAAUCUGACACAUACCAGUGUAUACCAGAAAGAAAGGCAUUUUGUUUGUUUGGCUGUCAAUUUUUAGCAUCCGAGGCUAAAUGUUUUCCAGACUAAGCUUUAAUUUUCACAAUUUGUAGAGGAUUUGGUGAAGUUGACAUUACUGCUUUGUCAUAAGAACUGAAAUAUUGGGGGUGGGGGGGGAAGAAGACAUGAUGGGUACUUAAGAAAUUGUGGUGCUAUUGUACGCAAUAAAAAGUUGAUAUGAAUA